GCUUUCCUCUUUGUAUGUAUUCUAUGGUUUAUCACUGUAACAAUAUUUAUGAAUUUUGUAUUUGAUAGUCGACGGACCUUCUUGUUGUAUAAUUAAGUCUAGGAAUAGACGGCAGUGUGUGUUACAUUUAAAAGAGUGAUAUCCUUAUUUUCUAUGACAUGAGCAGAGCAGUUGAUGGGGAGCACGUCUCAGAGGCCAACGGGGGCUCCUCCUCGCACCCGGGGAAGCGAAAGAAGGGCCGCAGGAAAAACAGAAGCGAGUUCUUGCAAGAGUGGCUGGAUAAGUCGGACGCGUUCCAGAGCCAGGUGGACAGUGCGUUCUCCCCCGACGUGGAGUCGGAGGACGUGAUGGGGUACUGGCCACAGCACGGUCCCCUGACCCCGGCGGUGUCGGACCCCGCGGUGUGCCGCUACUCCGUGCCCCUGGGCUACUCCUUGGAGCCGGUGUCCCUCCCCGUGUACCCGCUGUACUCGCCGGUGCCGGUGGCAUCCUGGAGCCAGCCCCUGCAGAAGGCGUCGCCCCGCCUGGUGCGGAGGGGGCAGCCGUGCCGGGCGGCCCACGACGGCUGGCACAGGACGGGGUGCGUGGGGGCGCCGCGAAGCGUCCACCCGUCCAGACCCGGUGCCAUGCCCAGGCUCAAGGAAGACUCGGACCAGGUGAACGGGCAGGAGUUCGCCAGCUUGCCGCCUGUCACUCAGCCCCAGGGGGGCGCGGAGAGCGGGCGGAGGCGCUUCAGCGACCCGGGGCUGGGCCCGCCCUCGCGGGGCAGCUCGGGGUCGGGGAGCGGCUCGUCGUGGACGGCCGGCCUGCUGCCCGGCCUGGUGGAGCAGGUGGGCGCGCUGCAGGAGAGCAGCCGGCAGCUGCAGCGCGAGCUGCGCAGCACGCGCGCCGAGCUCGAGGCCCUGAAGACGCGCGCCGCCGCGUGGGGCCGCCCGCCCGAGGGCUACCAGCCGGGCCUGCUCGCCGACCUGGUGCGUGAAGUGCGAGACGCUGCCAAAGUGAGAGAGGAAGCUCUUCUUUCUCGAGUUUGCAGCAUGAUAAAGGCGGCCGACAUCAGCAAAUUGAAUUGCCUCCAGGUGUCUGCUACAGAUGCAACAGAUUGCAAUUUUAAAGUAUCCAAACAAGUGCAGUCUGAGGCUCCAAAACUGCAUAACUCUCAUGGUGAGCAAGAAAAGGAAAAUAGAGAUAUAGUAAAUAACAAUUCAGGUGAUGACUCCAGCAUGUCACAGCAGUUUUUGGAACUGGAGAAGGAGAAGUUGGAACUGCGAAGAGAGCUUCAGGAAGUUAUAGCACGUGCCAACAAGUCGGAGCGGUUGGUUGGAGUUCUGCGCAAGAAGAUAAACGCCAUGAGUGUGGAGGAGAAGACGGGGCCAGCGUCCCUGGAGCAGUGCUCCAGCUCUCUGGAGAACACGAGCGAGAGUCUGGUGAGCACAGUGAGUGGCUCAUCUUCGUGCUCGCCCCAUGUUACCAUCUCUGGUCCCGUGACUGAGCUCUGAGCACCGAGAGCGAACUGACAUCCUCAGCAGUACUUCAUUCAGGUAUUGGACGGUUGAUCUGUACCAUAAGUCAACAAGACCCAAGAGAAACCAGGUGUAUUUGAACAGUUCAGAUGCACUGUAAUAUUUAACAUUACUUUUUUUUUGUUUAUAGAUAGUAUGAAAGCACAGUUUUGUUUAUAGAUUGUAUGAAAGCACAAUGAUUUGGGUGACUUCGAAAUUAAAUAAGUUUAUGAAAAAUCUCAGGUGUUUCAACUUAUCUGUAUGAAAGCACAAUGAUUCGGUAGACUUCGAGAUGAAAUAAGUUUAUGAAAAAUCUCAGGUGUUUCAACUUAUGUUGAUUUUGAAGUUGUCCUACCUUGAGAAUACCGGCAUUUUCAGAAAUCUGCUCCACUACAUUAGUUUUACUAAUAAUCCCUUUGAGAUUAAGAAAAUACAUCAUAAUGAAUAAAAUGUAAAAACAAAGGUAAAUUUUGCUUUAGGAUCACAGAAAAUGCUUGAGUUAUUUAAAAAAAAGUGAAAUAUAAUGCAUGUUGUGGUGUGUCAGUUAUUCUAAUAAUGUUAACAAGAGCAGAAUAGAUUGUAGGUUCAAAUCUGUUUUGUUAACAAGUGCAUCAAAAUUCAGGCAGAGCUAUUCCUUAAUGUUGCUGUGCAAUCAAAUGCAUGGAGAUAAAAUCUUAUAAUGAAAGCUUAAUUUGGAAAAGAGAUGCACUGUUAUUAGGUGCAAACAUUAACCUUGUUUCUGUUGUAGACACUCUCAAGUGAGUGAUGGGUAUUUUAAAUCAUAUCAAAAUAAUUUUCAGUUACAAUAAACUGUAUAAAGGAAUUCUUCACUCCAAUUUACUAUGCAUGGCAUUAUAUAACAUCUAUAUUUGCACUCUUUGCUCAACAGCCCACAAAAUAAGUACCAGAAUUUUAGUAUCUUGGUGUAGAACAUAGUUUUGCAAUUAUUCUGCCCUUCAGGAUGAAAAGAAUCUGCCUAUAUAGUGGCCUUUUUUUGAACAUGCACACGAGACUUGCAAUAAUGUGUUAUUUUUGGUCUAGCGUAGUAAGUCCCUCGACUAUGUAUGGCGAGAUGUGAUAUGUAGUCAACUGACUGUGACUGCAAUACAUAAAUGUACAAAUGAUAGACUAGUUAAUAAUGAGUUUUGUAUGUUAGAAAGAAAUUUAGAAGGAGUUUAUUUCUUGUAAAGUUGUUUUUGAAAGAGUUAAAAGAGUUGUGUGUACUACCUUGCCACCAGGUGAAAGCCCAAUUUAUUGCGAGAGUAACAUAUCAAUCAAUUCACAGUUUUCUAAUGGACUUUCCUGAAAAUAAUUUUGCUCCCAGUUGUAACUGAAAGUAUGUACUUACUGUGUUGGUAUACCUACAAGUUGGAAGUUAGCGAUAAUUAGCAUGAAUAUCCUUUUAUUGACCAGUGCUAAGUAAUGUUAGGAAUGAUGUUUUCAGCAAUAUAUUGUUUUUCCCUGUAACAUCCUACUGCCAGAUACCUAAUUAAAAACAUUUUGCUUUGUUUUUAUAGAUUUUUCAAAUUUUAAUUUUGGAAUUUUUACAUUUUCAUCACAUUUUAAAUUUCUGCUUUAAGUUCUCUUAGCUCAAAAUCUAAAAUGAUUUUUUUCAAGCUAAAAUUAUUUUAUUUUUUUUCGAAAAAUAUUAUAUUCAAAAACUUUUUUUUGAUUGCAAGUCAUGAUUCUUUUAUGCAUAAAAACAUGUUUUUAUGAAGUGGCUAUGGAAUUGUUCCUGUGGUUAUUAUUGUUAGCAUAAUUAUGAAGAAAAUAUACUUCCAUAUUUUAGAAGCAUACUACAUAAGCUGAUAAUUUUACAAAAUAUAUUACGAUUACAUGUUUAGAAUAAAAACUGUUUGUUAUCACAUUUAAGUUCAUCACAUUUUUGCUCUUAUAAGUUAGUAAUUAUUUAAUUUAUAGAAUUUUAUUUUAUUUUGUAUUAAUAAUAGACAACCCACUUUUCAUGUAGAAAUUGUUGUAUUUUUGGAUUGUUUGUUAAUACCAGAAAAUAUUUAUGUAUAAUGAUAAGUUUGUGGUGUUAGUUUAAUAUAUUUUAAGGUAAGUUUUUCCUAUCAAUUGGGAUUUGUCUCUCUUAAUGUUAUACUUUUUCUUAAAUUAAGAAGUGCUGUUUUAUGGAAGUGUGCAAUAUUUGCUGUAAAACAUAAAAAAUGUUCCAAAUAAAUACUUUUUUAUGAAAUCUUUUUUGAAAUAAGAUUUCUUAAACUUUAGUAAUGCUUUAAAUUGAAGUAAUACUUUGCAUACAAAAUGUAAAAUAUACAGUAACAACGUACUAUUACUAAGUUUAACAAAAUAAGGUAAGGCAGGCUGCUGAGAAACUACAUUCGGUUAGCCAAAACAACAUUUCAGUUUUGGUGAAUUUUUAUUUUGACUGAUGUGGCUAGGCAAAAAGAUUUCUGUAAAAGAAAAAGAAAAAGUUGUUAAACAUGGUUUGGUGGUUUUGCAGAUAUUUCACAAACUUUGCAUGUGUUUGUUGACACAUUUCAAAACUGUCCACUGAUUUAGCUGAAACCUUCACCAAUCACUGCUAUCCACAUGGACCAAUCACAGCUCACCAGCAGAGUUAGUCACACCUUUUGUUGAUAAUUUUGCACUUGUCAAUGGUCUACGAAAAGAAGUACCAAAAUUAAUAUUUUAAAUACUUAACAAAGAUGUAGUCUCAACCCAGAAGCCUAGACACUAGUUAAUUAUUGUAAUCAGUUUAGUGUUUUUUUUAUGUAAUGUUAGUUUUACUUACGGAAGCUUCGUAUUUAUGUGAGCGACCUUUAGCAUUCACUCACACCCAUGGCUUACACAAGCUACAAACCUGCACUCUUGUGACCAAAGGUAAUGUCUUAGCUGGCUGGAUCGUGGUUACAGUAUUUGGGUUCUGUUGUUUUAAUUAUUUGCAAGUGUGCCUGGGAAAAUAAUACACAGAAACAUAUAGAAGAAUUACUUCUUAUUUCAAAUUUUUAUUGAACUGUGUGUUCAUAGACUUUUUUUUAUUUAACUGAAGUUACAUGUAAUUUAGGUAAAUAGAUUUCUUUCUGAGCAUUCAAAAUGUAUUCUAUUCUUACACAUUCUUAUUGUAAUACAUUUUUAUAAAUUUAUUUUUUGGUCAAGGACCCUCCUUCCCCCCUUCUAAAAUGGUUUUUAGUUAUGUUUUAUAUGCAAAUGAUUGUAUAAGAAUUUUUAUGUUUUAUUGUAGUUUUAACUUUAAGGAAGUGCAGACAAUACUAUAUUUUCUAAUAACUUUGAUUAAAACAUAUCAUAUAGCUAAUCAUAGUGAGAAUAUUAUAUUUAUAUUAUCUUACUUUUGAGAUAGGUUUUUUAGGAAGUAAUCACACAGAUAAAGUUUAUUUUGAAGUUUUUUAUAUAAAAAAAAAUGUGACCCAUAAAUGCAUGCAUGUUUGAGAUUUUUCAAGUUUAUAUGUAUUGGACAUUAUGCUAAGAAUUAUUUUAUACCUAUAAUCCAAAAUUUUGCUUCAAGUGUAUCAAAUAUAUAUUAUAAAAAUGGUACAGUGUUCAAAAUAAGUGGUGUAGGGUAUACUUUGUUUAGGCAACCAAAUUUUGUCUAGUUAGAAGCAUGCUUAAAGACCAUUAGUGAAGUUUUAUUAUUUUAUUUCUUUGAAACAAGUUUCUAUCUGCUCAUUUUUGUAUAUCAGCCUUGGCAUUUCGAAAAUUAUUUCUGCACUUAAACAAAAAAAUGCUAAUAUUAAGGUCCAGCCUAAUUGAGUGCUCAUGCAAAUGUAAGUGUUGGCUGAUGAAAAUUUUAUUGAAAAACAGCCAAAGAACUGUUUAUUAUUAUUUCUGCAGUCCACAAUUAUAAAAUGUGUGGUGACUAUUUGAAAUUAAUAGUGAAUAUAAUAUAUCCUAGAUGUUUUCAUAAUUAAGUGAAACAUCCGAGAAGGGUAUCCUUGUAUGUUACUUUCCUUGGUGGCCCUUCACAGUAUACUUUUUUUUUAUAAACAUUGCUUGUUGUUUUAAGCCAUUGAAUCAUAAUUUAUGUGCUCAUAAUUGCUCUUUAUUUCAGUGUUGAUUUUAAUAAAUAUAAUACCUGCUGUUAAUUUUUGCUGAAAUAAAUAUUUUACCUUUGCAAAUGAAGUAACAGAAUUUUACAUACAAGUUUCACAGUUCAUAAAUCUGAAAUGUCGUGUUGUAAUGUUUUGACUAAAAGCAGACAGAGAGUUCACAUUUUAAAGGGUCUGGUAUAAAGUACUAUCACCCAUAACCCAUAAGGCCAUAAGUUAUCAUAGUAUUGAUGGAAAUCUGUAGCAUCACAGUUUUUAUAGUAGAUUUUAGAAUUUUUUGUUCCAUUUAUCAUCUUAACUCAGGACUUAAUGGAGGCAUAGAUACAAUCUUGUUAGUAUAUUAUUAGAAACUUUUUUUUUCUAGUUAGUAGUAAAUGCAUUUUUGUAAAGUGGUUUUGGUUUUCAUAUUGAUGUAAUUGUCACGCACAUAAACAAACAAACAGCUGAUAUUUGGUUGUUCUGAGAUAACCAAUCCAACUUCAAGUUAUAAUAUUGCUGGAAUCCUGUUUCUUGCUAAUCAAAUAAUUGCUCAAAGUAGAUACUUUGUUGAAGUUAGUAUUAAAAGCCAUAAAACUUUAGGAUUGACUGCUAUGCUGUUUGUACUUUGAAUUAGUAUGUUUUUCCAAGUAUACAUUUUUGCGAGGGUAAAACAGACUCCCGCAUAGUUUCUGGCCAUAACUUUUAAAUAACACGUUUUUACAUUAAGUCUAACAGGUUUAGCUAGUUGUUUGCAGUUAGAAUCUGUUAAGUCCUGUAAUUUUGGAUGUAUUUGAGCCUAAAUAAUGAAUGCAAGUGAUUUGUUUGUAGUUCUGUCAUAAUAAAACUGUUAAAUUUUAAUAAAUAUAAUGAAGAACAAAUCACUGUGUUUUUUGAGGAUUAACUGUAGAAGAUUAUUUAAAACAUGCUACAUUAUUAGUUUACAUUAUUAUUCUUAGAUUGGUGUAAAUACUGAACUAAAAGUAAAAAAAAAACCUAUUCAAGCUGAAAUUAUUUUAAAACUGUGUGUGCUGUAGGAAACAUGUAGGCCUAAUUAUUACACACAUGCUAGCCCUUGGCUUUAUGCAUUUUUGCAUGUUAGUAUAUGUGAGUUUAAUAAACUAAUGGAACGUAAAUGUAAACCCAAAUUAGUUUCAGUGGUCUUUAAGAAACAGUGCUUAAAGUGUUCUCUACAACAUGCAGAAACAAGCUUUAUUAGCCAGUUGACAAGCAAUGAGGGAGCUUCGGUAGCAGCACUCACAGGGCUUAUAUCCAUAUUUCAUUAUAUAUAACAGCACAUAUGUUGCUAGUUUUAUGGACUGUUUUUUAUAUAUAAGUUUCUGUUAUGGUAUGGACAAACUACAUGUUUGAUAUAAUUUUUAACUACAUAGCUGUUUGCUUACAUUCAUUUUACUAUAAUAUAAACUUUGCAAAUAUUAAAAUAAUGUUCUCAAAAUAUAUGUGAAGGUAGGAAUAGACCUUUUGAGUGUAAAAAUCAGAGAGACCUACAAAAAUAAUAAAUAAAGUACUAAUACAAAUAUUUUAUUUGCAGAAAAAAAAUUCUUGUUAAUUAUAAGUUCUUACUUUAUAUUGCAUUUUCAAGGCCAGUUAGUGGGUUUGGCAUAUGUAAAAUUGUAAUUAUAUUUCAUAUAUCUAUGAGAAAACAUAUCAUUGUAGCAGUACGUUUAUGCUGGCCAUAAGUUUAUAGUGAAAAUAUGUUGUAUUAGUCAUGAAAUGACACAAGGCUAUGUUGUGAAAGGAUAAAAAUAGUGUCGAGAAUGCAUUGACUUUAGCCACAUGUUUCACCUUUGUAAUUUUAGGGUCACCACUUCACACACUGUUUGACUGAAACACACAUAGACACGAUUCUGCAUUAGACGCAUUGGAAAAUGCCAUCCUCAGGACCAGUGGUGGAUAGAGGAAUUUUUUUGAGGGGGGAUUUGAAAAUAUAUAAAAAUAGAUAAAAUUAUAAUCUGUGUGUUCAAAAAACUUACAUCAACAACAAGAGGUUUAGACUGAAACAUUAUUGGUCUCAACAUGAGUUACUUCCUGUGUAGCUUGUUGUGAUAGCUUACUCUGCAUCACCAUAAAUAACAUACACCUUGACUAAAAUAUCACAAAUUUUUUCCAUAAAUGCAAAAGGGGGGGGGGGGGGGGAUAUUUCCCCCGAUCCCCUCCUCCUCCCUUUCAUCCACCCUGCUCUGAACUCUGCCCAUCUGCUACCGGCAAAGCACUGAAAACUUUUAUUUACAGAUGGUCAUUUCUUGAAAAUGUCUGUAGGUCCAUGGGCAGAUUCUGUUGUUUGACAUGAGUUAGGUAUUGAUAGACACGAUAGAAAAAUUGGAUUUAAAAAAAAACCACAUGACUAAAAAAAAACCACAAAAAUCACAUACAUACACAUGUUGACUGGUGGGGCAACAGGUAACAUCCAUUUAAAGUCACGUAUAAGUGAAACAUCACCAUUUACAUUCAAAAUGCUAGUUAUGGCACUCAUUUUCCGUGGUUCUCUUAGGAACAUUAAAAUAACAGAAAAUGACAAUGCAUAUUUCAUUGCUCAUAGGAAAGCAAUAUACUUUGAAAAGGUAUGUUACUCUCCAUUUGCCUACUUAUUCAUAAAGUAUGUAUUUAAAUCGUUUUUUUUAUGUAAGUUAUUAGUAAGUGCAUGGAAACAAAAACAUUUUUUUUAAAUUUUGUGUUUACAUGGAAUGAGUCUUUUUAUCAGUUGAGACUUUCAAACAAAUUUUCCUAGAUACGUAUAAAGUUCCUUUGAUUUGUAAAUAAAUUUUAUAUUUUCAUUCCAUUUAAGUUUUAUAGCUUUAUAGAAUGCUCCUUAUAAAGAAUAAUAUUUCUUUUAAAUUUAAAUUUUCCUCUGUUUCGUUAAUUAUUAUCCUAUGAAUAUUUAUUCAUUAUUGAAUCGGAAAAUUAGGGUUUUGUAUACAGAAUCUAAAAGAAGUUUUUUUAAAAACAUAAUAUGGCAUAAUUUUCCUCUAGCAAUCAUAGCAAGAUUUCAAUAAAAAUUUCAUCAUGUUCAUUGUGCAGAAUACAAUAAUCUAUUAUUAUCAACAUGGCAACAUGAAAACAUAUUUUUAUCACAAACUCAGAAACUUGUCUUUGCAAACAAAAAUACAUAACUUUGGUUACACAUUAUUGUAAAAUAUUUAAAUUAAGAGAAAGUAUUAACACAUUCAUCCACUAAUAAAAUUUUGUAACAAUCUGAAUUAAAACCCCAAAUAACGUAUGUGCAAGGUACACUGAUUAUUGCAAUGCAAAAACCCCUGCCAGUUUAAAUUAAUGCUUUUUUUUUGCUGGUUGGUGCUGUUUACAUACAAAUGUGGGUGCUGUAAUUCCAGGUAAUAAUUACAGAAAUGUAGUAUAUUGGCCUUAAUGUAAAUGAUAAUGGACAAGGAUUUGUACAAAAAUUCAUCUUUUGAAUCUAAGUCUCCAAAAUCUUCAAUAAUCAAAAAUAUUAAGGAACUUGGGGAAAAUACUUUGUCAUCCCUAUUUAUAAGCAUUUGACACAGUGUCAUUGCAAACUUUUUUCAUUACAACACUAAAUAAAAUCUUUUGCAGUCUCUGGGUAGGAUAAUGAUUUAUAAUUAAAGUUACAUUUCUUAGAUAUUUUCCCAAUUGUUUUGUAAUAUCGCCAGUAGUGUGUGUAUGUGUAUGUGUGCGUAUAAAUAUAUCCUAAUAACUAGGCUGUACCUUACUUUGGGCAGCGAUCCUGGGUUUAAAAGCCACAUGUUUAGAAAAAUCAAACAUUUACUUCAUUUUGAUUUUUUGUUAGUAAAGACAUUGUGAUGCCACAUUUUUUUUAUUUCUGACAUUUUUUUAACAGUAUGAAUAUUUAUGUCUAGAAAUGUAAUAGUAAUAAAUAAGAUAUAUUUACCGGUUUCUUUUAAGAUAUAAUGUUGAAAGAAUUCCUGUGGGGAAAUAAACAUGAACUCUUUAAAUAAAAGUACUGUACUUAAGUGUGUGUGUAUACAUACAUACAUACAUACAUACAUACAUAUCAAUGUUCCCAAGAGCUUAUAAAUGCUAAUGUAAUUAUUUUAAUAUAUCUGUUCUCAAAAAAGAAUAAAGAAAGAGUUGUAGUUUUAGUAGAUCAUGAACUGAAAUAUGAAAACUGGGAUUGAUUGAAAGUGUAUCUAAAAAUAAAUACAUUCAUUAAAUUUUUUUUAAAUUUGGCAAUUUGUCCAAACAACAUUGAUGCUCAGGUGAAUAAGUCAAUUUUUAUGUGCAUAUAUUAUUUUGUUUUAGAGUGGAUUUUUAAUAAUUAUUAAUGGUUUUAGGUUUGUGGUGGUAUGUGUGAUAAGUGAAAUUUGUGGUAUGUUUAUUUGUAUGUAUUAUGAUUUUUAAACACAUACCAAUAUAUAUAUAUAUAAAUAUAUAUAUGUAAAGGUUGCCAUGACAAACAAAAAAAAUUAAUAAAUUGGUGUUUCUUCUUGUACUAACAGGUAAUUUUUACAGAAAAUAACUCAUUCAUUGUAAUGUAGUUAUUUUCUUUAAUGAAAGGAUUUUUUUUUUAAAAUUUAAUAUUAAUUUGCUGUAUGUAUCUGGUUAAGGCAGUUCAACUGAAUUUUAAUUACUUUUUGUUAUUAAUUUUUAUAAUGGCAGGCUACCAAGUUAAUCUGAAAGAAACAGAGGUUUCGUCUAUUAACUGCGAGAGCAUUUUCCUGUAAUCAAAGUGGAAAACCAUUUAAGGAAAAACCAUCCCUUAUGCAGGCACACCUCUGAACUCAUAACGUCCUGAAUCCAUGUCAGAUAUUCAUUUGACAUACAUGAUUAACAUUAUUAAACUGCCUAAUGCUUUGGUGUGGAAAUAUUCUAGCAGAGCUCAAGCUUAAAAUUGAGUUAGGUCCAAAUUGCACAUAAACUUCUGAAACCAUAAAAUUAAUAGGAAUAAGAUUUUUAUUAAACUUUCAGUAUUCAAGUUUCACUUUCAUUUUUAAACUGAAGUUUAAGUACAAUUUGUGUUAUAAAUAGAAUCUCAAAAAAUGUUAUUCAAUUUAUAAGUAAAGUUGGCUAAACUGAUAUCUAGUCAUAAGUGUAGGUUUAGGGUUGUCCUGAGGCAGUUUGGCAGGCAUGUGUGGAUGUGUAAUUUUCUACAGCUUCACUUAAAAUUAAUUGCUUUACGGAAUGUCUUGAAAAAUUAUUUGUUGUUUAAAAGAACGAAAGUGUUUGGAAUUAAAUAUCAUGUAAUUUCAACCAUUUUGUCUAAUUUUAAUCACUCUGAGUGUGUUUCAAGGCAAUUACAUGCUUGAAACUAAACUAGUUUCUUAUAUAUACUUGCACCAUCCAACUGUUGUAGGCAUUCUUUGCCUCAUAGUUAAUGAAUCUUGAAGAAAUACCAAAGUAUUAUAUAUUUUUAUAUAUUGAAGCAAAGUCCACAAAAAAGAGUCAAUUUUUCUCAUGAUUAAGAUGCUUUUCAUUAAAUUAGUUAAUGUUUUAAAAAUCAAGAGUAAAAAUGGUAUGGCUACAGUUCAGUCAGUCAUACUAUGGCAGUUAUAUUUUCACCAGUAGUAUGAAAUAAGUUGGUAACUUUCUGGGUUUACACUACCAGCAAUCACACUCCAUUUCUGUUUGUAGCUAAGUGAUAACACAUUUAAUUCUUCAUUCUUGCUGCUAGCACCUGUACUUUUCAGAUGUCUUGCCAAAUUUUCUGAAGUUCAAAAUAUUUUGUUUUUAAUGAUUGUUUUCCAGGAAGAUGUAGUUGGAUUUGCAUUAGUUCAGUAUCUUUCGUUGUAGAUAUUAUUUAUCAUUCAAACUUACUGAGCAUACUUACAGUAUAAAACAGUAAAAUCAUGAUAUUCAGAAUUCAUAAGCUGGAAACUAUAUAACAAGCGAAGCGUUCAUAAUGGUUUUGCAAUGUAGAAAAUGUAGAUUAUAUAUUGCAUAAUAUAUGUUGGAUCAUAGUAUCAGGUUAAUAAUUAAAUUGACUAAGUGCUCUCUGAUAUGCAGUUAUACUGGCUCAGUCAUUUGUUGAUUGGUUCUUAAAAUUAUAUACAUUGUUAGUGAAGAAAAAUCACCAAUUACUAUUUUCCCCUUUUUUUGUACUUAAUAGUUAUGUCUGUGUUUUUUUUUCGCCUUUAUUGCAAGCUCUGUCAUAUUUUUGUCUGAUAAUAAUGUGAUUAAAGCAGCACGUUGAAUUAUUAAUCAUCUCAUGUUCAUUUUCUGAGUUAAUGACUGGAAUAUGUUUCUGCAUAUAAUUACAAUACUGUAUUUUUUAAAACCAAAUUACAUACCUUAUAUUAUUACCUAUUUAUGAAAUAAUUCGAUUUCUGUUAAUUAAAUGGUUCAUAAUGUGUGCAAUUUUCUUAUCACAAUGAUGUGACCGUCCAGGCUGUCUAUAGCACAACAAUAAAAGGAAGGCUCCAUUUUUGUGCCUUUUGUCAUAGCAGUUCGAUAAAUAAACAACCAGGAACAUUGACUUCAUGUUUGAGAUUGCUAUUUUUAGUGCCUACAUAAUGUAAUUUAUUACUGCCAUGUUAAAAGAUUUUGUAUGUCAAAUGUUUAUGUAUGUAAGUGAUGAAUAAAUAUUUUGUUGACUCACAAAAUUAAUGUGCCA